ACCACCUCUCUCUCUCUCUCUCUGUAUAUAUAUAUCUGAAUAAUCUUUCAAACUCACCAUAAGAACUAGAAAGGUAUGUCAAUGGAAGAGAGAAAGUUGGAUCAUUUUCAAGACUUGUUGCCAAUUAUGGCUCAAAAGUUAGGAGGGAAAGGGUUGAUCAAAGAGCUUUGUAAUGGGUUUAGGCUGUUAAUGGAUGGUGAUGAGGGAGUGAUUACAUUUGAGAGCCUUAAGAGAAACUCUGCUCGUCUUGGGCUGCAAGAUUUGGGAGAAGAUCAGUUGAAGAACAUGAUCAGAGAAGGAGAUUUGAACGGCGACGGAAUGAUUAAUCAGAUGGAAUUUUGUGUUUUGAUGUUCAGAUUGAGUCCUCAGUUGAUGGGUGAGUCUAAGAUACUGUUGGGUGAUGCUUUUUUGCAAGAAAUUUUAAAGCAUGAAUAAUAAUGUUUCUUCAUUUUCUAUCUUUAAUUAAUAUAAAUAUAUAUAUUUUUUCUUUU